UUUAUUUGGACACUAGAAAGAUUUGUUAAGAAUAUUAAUUGCUAUUUACCGGAUAUAUGGACAGCAAAAUAAUAUGGUUAUGCUAAGUUUUGUUACAACGGCAAAAUUAUCUUCUCCAUGCAACAAACUUUUUUGCUACCACUGUAAUUUGCUAUUCCAGCAAAACUUGUUUUCUCCGUGUAUAUGUGUUAUAUAUAUCUAAGUUUUUGGCGCAAAUCUUCAGGAGCAACCAUAGGAUUCCGUAUGAAUUUCUUAUACGGAUUCCCACCUGGUUCUUCCAACAGGAUUGUGUUUUCUCUCUCUUUUCUCCUCAUACUCGACUACUCUAUUACAGGACGCCACAUUUUUGAUUAUUGUCAAUGGACAUACUACAGGGUGUGUCAGAAUAAAAGGUAUCUGGAGCGUGGUAGGGCUGGGCGCUGGCGCACCCAUGAUAAGUACACUUCGCUUCAAUCAAUCAUCGUCAUCAUAUAUUCGAUUCACGCGCAUCGGCGAUUCGGUGAUCGCUCUUCUUAUGGCUCUACCACGCCGAUGCGUCGUGGACUGAAUUAAUUGCGUAGCGUUCGACGAUAAUCCUCGAAUUCUUAUCGGGACAACGCACAAUGACGAGACAAUUAAUAUUUUCGUAAUGGACUAUCGGACGCGCUAUCGAGAGAAUAACUAUUAUUGCUUAACCGUGUCGAGAGACUGAAGAUGCGGGUGACCGGAAAAUCGACCGUUGAAAAACCCAGAAAAAUUCUUUAGCUUAGAGCGUCCUUACCGGCGCCACUGCUGGCAGGACUUCCAGAUCAAUAAUAAGGACUUUCGGCCGACACGCAAUCGAACAAAAUCCGCCCGAACGAACGCAUUGGCGCGAAUGUGAGACUGCGUCCUCUCGAUUCUGUUUUCGAACGUAGUAAUACGGAGUGUUUUAUGCAAUACUCGAUCUUAAAUUUGACAACCCAAACUCUUCAAAUCAUACAGAGUCAUCUAUUUUAUCUUCGUUAAUAUCUUUCUUUGAUACAGUGUCAAUUUUUUUGUUUCAAACCUUCGAUUAAUCUGCAAAUUGAAACUUAUUUGCGCGAAGAUGCACAAUGCUGAAGAUUAUAGUUACAAAUUUGAGCGGCAUUUGCGGCUAUCUAAAUCUGUCGAAUCUACCGUCGAAAUUAAGGUCGUGUUACGAAAUACUCGGCGCAUGUCGAUGAAUGUCACGACACUGGGAAAACAUCGCGGGGUCGGAACUUUAUGUAUGAAAACUUGGUUAGACACGACCUUAACCGGAGAGAGAAUCAAUAGCUAAAAUAAUAGGAGCGAUACCACGAAACUGUCGCCGCAACAUCAAUCUUCUCUUUAACGAAUCUCUCUCUCUCUCUCUCUCUACGUUAACCUAUUUCACUUCGCAAAUAAGUUUCGAAAUUUCAUCUAUCGGAGUUCACCUGCACAAACAAACGCCUAACAGCGAAUAAUACAAUUUCAGUACCGAGAAUAUCCGCUAGAAUUUGUCCAAAGGCGAGAGAAAGAGGGUACCCUCGUACGCGAAAACAUUUCUUUCUAUCUUUCAUCAUUUUGAGGAUAUUUGUAUAUCUUUCAGACACUAUUUGAUUUAAUUGGAUCAAUCGGCUUAGAUUCUUUUUAUUUCCCGCGAAACGUUUCGCUCAAAAAUAAGUUGUAACAAGUGCCGGCUAUUGUGUAAAGGCGGCCUGCUGAGCAAAAGAUUCCAUAAGUAAUCAUUAGAAUUCGCCAUCUAAUAGCGGAGAUACUAAGAAGGGCUUUAUAUAUCCACAAGGGCUGUAAUAUUAUCUUCUCCUCUAGUAGAUUUUUAUUGUCUAUCUUUCCUUGGUUAAAUAACCUGUGUAAAUAUAAAGUUCAUCUUUUUAAAGGAUUGUUUCACCCUCUCAACCAGCGAUCGAGGAGAAGAGUUGUUAAAAUAAUCUUCAACAGUUCCGUGCGAUUUCACGGAAAAGUACCCGUUAUAACGAGACGAAGAAAGGCACCAUGCCGCAGGAACGAUGCUCGGUGUCCUCGCUCUUCUCCCGUUUCUUUUCAUCCUCAGGAUUGGAGCGAAACAAGGAGUCCCGUCGGGAUCAAUAGCGUACGUGAGAGGACCCUUCUUCGCCGAGCCUUCAAAGCUUCCUUACGCGUUCACCUUCAUAAAACGACGCGCACGCACAUCCCCGUAAGGGCCAGGUGAGUCGCGCAGAAAUUAUCUCGUCCGAAGGAAGGAGUCAAAACGCGCGAGUCGACGAUCGGAAUUGAAAAGGAAGCGGAUUCUCAUCCGAAAAUGAGAAACGAGGCGCUAGCAUGAUCGACAUUGGUGCGAUUGGUAUUCUGAUGAUCUUACUGGCCCUUGGCAACCUCGAGGCUGUCACUGUCGUGAACCAUCAUUCCGACGAUGAGUACGUCCUCGAGCACGAAGUCCUUCGCGAGGAUGCGCUCGCCGAAGCGAAGAAACUGGAGAUAUAUCCCGGACCUAUUCCGGGAUGCAAGCCGUGCACCAACUCCGAGAUAACUUACUGCUCGGACGGGAGCGUCAUCAACGAUCACUGCUGCUGCGAGGGAAGAACCAACAAAGUGUUUCUCUUCGUCGAGCACACGUGUCGCGUGGGACCGGAGGAAUGCAAAGUGCAAGCCGGAGACUGUGCAGAAUACACGAGACUGCGGGAGUGCUGUUGCCAUUCGUACCUGGCCUCCGCCUGGAAAUAUCUGGCGACCGGAUCGCGCGCCGACGCGAGCCUCACGAAGUUCCUGUCGAUCUUAACGGUGCUCACGCUGCUGCUGCACCUGUUGCUGACCUAAAAGCACACUCGCCAAAUACUUUGUACAGUAUCGACUGCUUUAAUAAAUUAUUUUUCCAUCGCAAAGAAAAAAGAAGAAGAAAACCGAGCGUUUCGCCAUAAUAUAUGAUGAGACGGGAUUAGAGGCACGCGAUCCAUUGUCUCUCAGGCCGUCUAAUUGCCAUUACGAUACAUCGUUUACCGCGCUCGCGCAAAUAAGAAACCUGCACGACGGUAAGGUUCUUUAUUAAUUAAUCGGUAUGAUGCACACGACGUGAGAGGACGUGAUCGAACGAUGGCGCAGCGGCGGAUACAAAUCGCGUUAAAUACCUGAAUCACAGAGUGCAAUCAAGUGGUUCACGCGGAGGAAGAAGGUCGAGACGAUCAAGUAUAUCUAUGCGAAAUUAUUCUCCCGACUUUCUAACUCAUCCGCCUCGCUCGCUGACCUACAUUCCUUAAUUCAGCAAACAUAAUUAUAGUUCCGAAUUAACAUGCCUCUUCCGCGCACGGAAAGAAGGAAUCAGUUGUCCAUACAAUGCGACUGAAAUUUAGUCACCGUACCUCAUAGUUUCUAGCUGCGGGAGUUAAGAAAUUGAGAGAAAGAAACGGAACGGGGACAAGAAGAAUGAGUUAAAUUAACGAAAUUUCAAUUGUAUUAUUAUGUUGCAAAGAAAAGAAAUUAAUCUUAAAUCAAGAGUAGAUACUCUCAUAUGUCAGCAAGAAUAUUAUCUUAUGGAUAUAAUCUUCUUG